UGCAGGGUCCUCAGAGAGCCCUCAUCCUCCACAGCAGACAGCUUCUCAUCACAGCCGUUGCCAUAGGAACCCUUUAUGUUCAAAGUCUGCUUUUGACUGCAAGGAAAAUAGCACUGUAACUUUUUCAAAGAAAGAGGGUUAUUUUUUAAACAGGCCUAUGAUGAAUUUAAUCGUCAAUUGAGGCAGCGCUGAAGAGUUUCUUUGAUCGAACCGAGGCGCCAUGGUCCAUCACAGGUCCACCAAAGGAGCGUCCAAAGCGCGACGUGACCACAUCAAUCACGAGAUCAGGAAUAUGCGAGCUCUGCUGCCAAUCCCCCAAGAGGAGCAGGAGCGCCUCUCCUACCUGCACUCCAUGUCCGCCAUCUGCACCUACAUCAGGAAGUCGGUUGUCUUCAAAGGGAUCUCCUCGGGUGACGGCUGCUCUCUGCCUUAUGAGGCCUUUCUUCAAGCCCUGCAUGGCUUCAUCCUGGUCACUACCGCCCAAGGGAGGCUGGUCUAUGUGUCGGAAAACGUGGCCCAAUAUCUCGGCCUUUCCAUGGUAGACGUGCUUCAAGGAGACAGCAUAUAUGACAUGGUGGAACGUGCUGACUUCCACACUGUCCAGUCCACCCUGGAAGGAUACGGCGAAAAGAGAGCAUCGUCAGAGAGGAGCUUUGUAUGCUGCAUGCAGACCUCCAGGGCCUUCAAACAGCAGCAUGGCAGCUGCUCCAUGCUGGUCAGGGGCAGCUUCCAAUCCUUCCAUCAGCAGUGUCCAGUCCCCAACAGCGAGUCCCUCUUUGUGGCGCUGUGCACCCCCACAGUGGACCGCCUGCGGGACACAGAGUCCCACUUGUGUCCCUGCUUCCACAGCAAACACAACUUGGACAUGAGCUUGGCGCAGCUCUCGCACAGUGUUUUCUAUUUUUUGGGGUACUCAGCGGACGAAAUGGUGGGACGAUCGUGGUACACUUUAAUCCAUCCAGAAGAUCUAUCUUCAAGUUUGAAUUACCACAGAGAAAUGUUGCAAGCAGACGAGGGCAUCCAGCUGAGGAUGAUACUGAGACUUCAAUGCAAAGAUCUGUCAUGGACUUGGUGCUACAUUUGUGCUAACAAAGAGGCCACUUACAUCUUCUGCACUAAUUUCAUCAUAAGUGAAGCAGAGGCCCGGUUUCUGCAGAAGACAAUCUGCAAUGAUGCACUGAGCUCAUCAUCCUUAUCAUCACCAUCAUCCUCAUCCCCAUCAUCCUUAUCAUCAUCGUCAUCAUCAGUGGAAAGUGAACAGACUGAGAGUCUGACCUCCAGAUGCUUUAAGAGGCAGCGGACGUCAAACAGCCAGAGUGAGGACGCAGCUUCCAGACCCAAGAUGGAGUCUGAUGAAGACAUUUACUAUGCGGCGCACGCCUCAGCUCCUCCUCUGGGGGGCAGCCCUGCUCUCUUCUCUCCUCCCUACAGUCCUGCCUCCUGCAGCUCCCCCACUCAGCAAGAAGUGCUGGGCCGUGACCUUCUGAUGGAUGUGCACGGAUACGCCGAUCAGCUGUUGUCCUCCCCUGAGGCUUCCUCUCCCUCCUACUUGUCCUACCCGGAAGCGGCGCUCACCUGUCACCUUUCACCCCGCGACGCCCUCCCCCCGCAGCGCACCUUCGAGCAGGAAGUCUACGCCAACCUCGACCCCCACUCUCCACUCUCGUCUUCAUCCCCGCCGUAUGAUUUCCCAGCCUGCGCGUCCGACGCUCGAUCCGUUCCAGAUGGCUUCUCUGUGUCGGACAUGAGCGAGAGCUCCGUGGACCGUGUCCUGCAUCAGGAGGACUUCAGCCUUCUGGAGCCGCCAGAAGAUGGCAGCCUUCACCAAGUGCACCACGUUCCCCAGCUGGGGUUGCUUCCCACGCCCAAUCAGUCGCCGCCAUCCGUGACGUCUGAGCAGUACAAUGAGACGGAGCAGGCGGAGAUCAGUAUCCUGGCUCAGCAGAUCUCCUCCCUGGCGUGCAGUUUCGACAUGUUCGGCCCCGUCAAUCCUCUCCAAAGUGUCCAAACCGUGUCCCCCCAAGACUGCUCAUAUGCUUGGCCUUCGCAGUCUGGUGUCCAUGCUAAACCUGACCUGCCAUUGUUAGACAGCCUCCUCAAGGACCUGGACAUGGGUCCCUCCUUCGCAGGGAACACUCUGCCGACUAACGGCGCAGCUUUACAUCCUUUCAGCCUUCAGUCGGUAUGCCGCGACCAAACCACAGAGUUGCAUCAACUUAACCACUUUAUGCAAAGUAGCCUCCAGCAAGGACAUUUCUGUUAAGGACACUCACAGUGAAAGAUAAAAUGAUUACGCUAAAUGUUGCUUUCUACCUGCGGUGGUUUUUUUUUUGAUAGACUUGCUGAGGAAAACCUGUAUUGAAAUAAGUCUAUGACUUGCGGCACUACCCUUUUUGUAUGACAUAUUGUCAGGAAAAUUGUCCCCCGACGGAUUCCAAGAACAAAGGUACGAGCAAAGAUAUUUAAAGGACACCUUGUACUCAAGACACAAUGCCUCCCCAGUGUGUAUCUCUGAAUCUUAACUAACUCCACAGCUUAGCUUGGUAUUCAUUUUUGCAAAACAUCGCCAUCUUUUCUCUUUUCCCCCCUGCUUGUUUAAAUGUCUGACGACAAUUUUACAUAACAAUGGAAAAUCCUAUCUUGUACUGAGCGACCACAUUUCACCG